AUGGACGCGAACAUUCAGCGCUUCCUCAAUGACAAGCUAUAUGAUAAGCGCAAGAUCGGGGCACUCGACCUGGAGCGUACCAUACGUGAGCUGAUCGCCGCCAAGGACUAUGCCAAAAUCGAAGCUAUCCUCGAUCAGCUUUGCAACGACUACGCGUAUGCUGUUCAUCAACCUCAUGCACGCAACGGUGGCUUGAUAGGCCUGGCUGCCGCCGCAAUAGCACUCGGCCCGGAGCUUCCCAAGUACCUCGAGCUCAUUGUUCCUCCUGUCCUUGCUUGCUUCACGGACCAGGAUGCCCGGGUAAGAUAUUAUGCAUGUGAGGCUAUGUACAACAUAGCCAAGGUGGCCAAGGGUGAAAUUUUGGUCUACUUUAACUAUAUUUUCGAUGCCCUAUGCAAAUUGGGCGCCGACUCCGAGCUCUCUGUCAAAAACGGCGCCGAGCUUUUGGAUCGCCUAGUUAAAGAUAUUGUAUCGGAAUCGGCCGCGACCUAUGUUUCAGUGCUACAGCAGCCUCAGGACUUCGACGGAGACGAUAAGAACGCCAACGACGAACAACUAGACUUGCCCACUGCCUUCUCCUUGCAAAAAUUCAUCCCCCUGCUGCGGGAGCGCAUCUUCGCCCUGAAUCCCUUCAGCAGAACCUUCUUAGUCGGUUGGAUUACUCUGCUGGACUCGAUUCCCGAUCUUGAGCUUGUCACCUACCUGCCUGAAUUCCUUGGGGGACUUUUGCGUUUUCUUAGUGACUCCAACCGAGACGUCCAUGUUGCUACUCAGGGUUGCUUGGACAAGUUCCUGGCUGAGAUCAAACGCAUCGCUCAAGUCAAGAAGGGAAUAACCGAGAGCAAGAGGUCCAGAGAGGCGGCAAGGCGAAGCAGAAAAGACUCGAUCGGUAGCGGUGGUGGCCGGCCCCUUGAGGAUGGGGACGAGGUCGACUCCAUUACGGCAAACGAGGACGACGAUGAUGUUAGCAGCGAGGAUGACUGGGUUCCCGGGCAGGACGUACAAAUCAACUACAAGGCCAUCCUGGAGAUACUAACAGCCACUCUCGAUUCGCCCUUAGAAGAGGACGGACUUCUAGAAUCGCUACGCUGGAUCGUUGAAUUCCUCGAAAUCUGCCCGGAAGAAGUAUUGCCAUUUACGCCCAAGAUACUGGCACAUUUGCUGCCGGCUAUGGCUAGCGGGGUUGAAUCGAUUCGCCAAGCCGCCGCCAGAGUCAAUAACUCGCUGAUGGACUACGUGGUUUCUCUUUCUGACGAAGCAGAUCUUGUAUCCGCCCCACCGGCUUCCAUUGAGCGACUGAACGGAAAUGCGAGCAAUCGUGCGUCUUUGUCUAGUUCACGAGACCUCGACCUCCGCAGUCCGACACCAGCUCAGUCGAGGCCACCUGAACGAGCCCCUACUCCGGCAGUCGCGCCUCAGCCAACACCUCAGCCAACACCUCAAGCUGACCUAGACUAUGUUGCUGCCGUGAACUCACUGACACUGUUGUUCCUGAACGAUCACGAGGCUACCCGUGUUGCUGCCCUGACAUGGUUGAUCAUGCUGCACCGAAAAGCGCCCAGAAAAGUGUUGGCUUUCAACGAUGGGACUUUCCCAGCCUUGCUCAAGACCCUUUCCGACCCUGCAGAAGCAGUCGUUACCAAGGAUUUGCAGCUUCUCUCCCAAAUUUCGAGAAACAGUGAAGACGACUAUUUCUCCAACUUCAUGGUUAACCUACUGCAGUUAUUUUCGACCGACAGAAAGCUUCUAGAGACGAGGGGCAACCUCAUAAUCCGACAACUUUGCACAAGUCUCAGCGCCGAGCGGAUCUACAGAACAUUGGCUGAUUGUAUCGAAAAGGAAGAGGACGUCGAGUUCGCGAGUAUAAUGGUGCAAAACCUCAACAACAAUCUCAUUACCGCCCCUGAACUAGCGGAGUUGCGGAAGCGGCUCAGGAACCUCGAGACAAAGGAUGGUCAAACGUUCUUUGUAGCGCUUUUCCGAUCAUGUGCCGAGCUUGAGAUGACGGUCAACAUGCUCAUCCAGAUCGACAAGCUGGUUCAACUACUGGAGUCGCCGGUUUUCACUUAUCUUCGUUUGCAACUACUCGAGCCGGAAAAAUACCCACACCUGUACAAGUGUCUCUACGGACUUUUGAUGCUUCUACCGCAAUCAUCGGCCUUUGCGGCCCUGAAAAACCGCCUCAACAGCGUCAGCUCGAUCGGCUAUCUCCAUAUUGCGCCUAGACCGUAUGUCAACUCUGCCACUGGGAAUGGUGUUAGUGGAGGAGGCGCCCAUUUGUCUCACCCGCGACAUGGCUCAGUCGCCGAGGCGCUUGUCGGCUCCCCCUCUUCAACACCGCUACCGUCCCCAAGCCGUAAAUGCACUUCAGGAAUCGAUACUCACAUGUUGUUGACCCGCAGCACUGCUACUACACCAAGUGCGUCCACAUUUGACCGCCCCAAUCGACUUAAGGGAAGAGACGACAGCAUCAUCCGCUGGACUGAACUGCUAGAGAAAUUCCGAUCAGUCCAGGAACGUGCCAGGCGCCUUCAACGCGGAGAUACAGACGACGCUUCGUCGGCGUUGAGUGAUCUGAGGAUAGGAGGAGGCGAGGCCGCAAUGGAUGCCAAGGGCACCGGCAGGGAAGGAGCAGGAGGGCGGGCGCCUCCUGUUCCGGCAAAGGAUCCGCCGGUGGCUGCGCCUCCGACAAAAACCCGAACACUCGGAAGGCCAUUUGGAAGACUGGGAGGGGCAGUGGCAGGAAGAGGCAAGCGAGCCCAGCAAUGA